GUGUAACUGGGAGACGGCCCCUAACUCAUUGUCUCACAGUCCGGUUUCCGGGUGCAGACAAUUUCUCAUUUUACGGCAUCAUUCUGAUAAAAAAAUAAGCUUGUAACUUUUUUCCCCUACAUUUCUGGUUAUGCGGACUUCUUCCUGUUUGGGUUGUGACUUGCCUUGUUAUAAACCGGUUUUACUGAUGUAACAAACAGACAUAACUACAUUACUCCUGGGCGGCUCGCAGCUAUAACGUCCGCACAUAUCUGUUCAAUCCGACAUGAAAAGAAACGGCACCUACAAGUUUUUGUCAGUUUUCUCGUUUUUCAUCGUUUGUGCAUUUUUGUUUUUAUUUUGGUACUUUGUUUUUUACUCAAUGAUACUUGCACCAUAGGACACUUCACGUUAGCAGCUAAGCUAACCUCGACUGGCUACUUACCCACAGUGCACCGCUUUAUUGACAAAAAAUCCCGCGAUCACAUGAUCAACCGCACCAGGAAGUGAAGGAUUUCUGCUUGUUUCAGUACUUGUCUGUGCAUCCUGUUGGUGAAGUUGUGAUGGCGUCUGACAGCAGUGAAGCAGCGUCCUCCUCUCCAGACCUCAAGCUGCAGUUUGCUCCCUUCAGCAGCGCUCUGGAAGCCGGCUUCUGGCACCAGCUCACCCAGAAGAAACUCAACGACUACAGAUUGGACGAAAGCCCGAAAUGUAUCAAAGGAUAUUACUACAAUGGUGAUCCUCUUGGUUUGCCCACCCGCCUGACGUUGGAGUUCAGUGCAUUUGAAGUGGACGGUCCGACACCAGCUCGCUGCUGUCCAGCUGUUGGGACGCUGUAUAACACCAACACACUGGACGCCUUUAAGACCACCGAUAAGAAGGCUCUGCUGGAGAAAGAGGCCAAGGAGAUAUGGGAUGCUAUCCAGUCUGGGGCUGCGGUGAGGGACCCAUCCGUCCUCUGCAGAUUCAUUCUGCUGACCUUUGCAGAUUUGAAGAAGUAUCAUUUCUACUAUUGGUUCUGUUUCCCUGCACUCUGUUUCCCAGAGGCAAUAAAGAUUGUUCAACAGCCGGCUGCCCUGGAGCAAGUUUUCUCAGCAAAACAGAUCGCAGCCCUGCAGGAGGCCUAUGAUGACCUGUGUGUAAAAGGAGGGACCACUGCAGUGCCUUACUUCCUAAUGAAGUACACAGCUGACACUGUCAAGAUGGCUCCACUUAGGGACUGGGACACAUUCUUCACUGAUACUAAGAAGGUUACUGUGGGCGUCUAUGAUCCGUGUACUCUGUCUCAACAUCCGGGCUGGCCUCUGAGAAAUCUGCUGGUCCUCUUAGCUAACCAAUGGGGCUCUAAGCUGGACACAGUGGAGGUGCUGUCUUUCAGGGACAGAACUCUGCAGGGAAGUCGCUCUAUUCAGCACAGCGUCAUCUUCCAGAUAAAACUGCCUGAGCUUCCCCUCAACUCAGCAUGUCCUAAGAGUGUCGGUUGGGAGAAGAACCCAAAGGGGGCCAUGGGACCCAGGAUGGUCAACCUCAGUGAAUGCAUGGACCCUAAAAGGCUUGCAGAGUCCUCGGUGGACCUGAACCUGAAGCUCAUGAGGUGGAGGCUGGUUCCUUCCCUGGACCUGGACAAGGUGGUCGCCACAAAGUGUCUUCUACUGGGCGCUGGGACUCUGGGCUGCAAUGUAGCCAGGACUCUCAUGGGAUGGGGAGUGAGACACAUUACAUUUGUAGACAAUGCAAAGAUCUCGUACUCCAAUCCAGUCCGGCAGCCGCUCUAUGAGUUUGAAGACUGUCUGGGAGGAGGAAAGGCCAAAGCGAUGGCAGCUGUUGACCGACUCACCAAAAUCUUUCCUGGUGUGAAUGCAGAGGGUUACAAUAUGAGCAUCCCCAUGCCCGGUCACCCCGUCAACUUCUCCCAGGCCACUCUCUCCCAGGCCCAGAGGGAUGUGGAGCAGCUGGAGAAGCUCAUUUCAGAACACGAUGUGGUUUUCUUGCUCAUGGACACGAGGGAGAGCCGCUGGCUGCCGACAGUGAUCGCUGCCAGCAAGAGGAAGCUUGUGGUUAACGCCGCUCUCGGCUUUGACACAUUUGUUGUGAUGCGCCACGGCCUGAAGAAACCCCCCGUCAGUCAGAGUGUCUCCGCGGGGACAGACUCCUCCACUUCCUGCUCUUCUGCCUCCUCUUCGUCCUCCACACCAGCCGGCUCUGCGCCCUCCGUCCCAGGAUCCUCUCUGUUCUCCAACAUCCCGGGGCACAAGCUGGGAUGCUACUUCUGCAACGAUGUCGUGGCUCCAGGAGAUUCAACCAGGGAUCGGACUCUGGAUCAGCAGUGCACAGUGAGCCGACCAGGCCUGGCCAUGAUAGCUGGAGCCCUGGCUGUGGAGAUGAUGGUGUCCAUUCUGCAGCACAGUGAAGGAGGCUACGCAGUAGCCAGCAGCAGUGAUGACAGGAUGAACGAACCUCCCACCUCUCUGGGUCUAGUACCACAUCAGAUCCGAGGCUUCCUCUCCAGGUUUGACAACGUCCUGCCUGCAAGCCUGGCCUUCGACAAAUGCACUGCCUGCUCUCCCAUCGUCCUGGAUCACUAUGAGAGGGAAGGCUUCAACUUCCUGUCCAAGGUUUUUAAUUCUUCCCACUCAUUCCUGGAGGAUCUGACGGGGCUGACGCUGCUGCACCAGGAGACACAGGCUGCAGAGAUUUGGGAUAUGAGUGAUGACGAGAGCAUCUGAAGGACUGAAAGGACCAUCUGAGCUUUUGAAGGACUCAACGCUCCAAUCCAUCUGUUUCUGUCUGCUUUGGUUUUUAAAGAAAUCUCACAUUUAUAAAGGAAAAGGGCUUUACAGGCCAAUACAGUACAUUACGGAAUCGGAUUUACUGCAAAAAUAUUGAGUGAAUGUCUGUUUUCCACUGUGGUCACAAUAAAAACAGGACCAGUUAAUUUCCCA